UUGAUUUUUAUGAAAUUCUCACAUUAUCACCUUUUCUCUAUUCAUUAAAAUACUUGGAUGUUAGUUACUGUUAUGGUAUUAAUGAAUCUUCUGUAGAAUUAUUACUUCAGAUCUGUCCUCAGUUAAAUACUUUAAUAGCAAAAUCAUGUAUAUCAAUAAAUGAACAAGCUUUUUGUUUACUUUCAGGAUUUAAAUUGCUCAAAAUUCUAAAACUAAAUUAUGAUAGUAGUUUAACUGAUUUGGCUCUAACAACUAUGGCCACAUGGCUAACAAAUUUGGAAAAUUUAACUUUAAAAGGAAUCACAAAUAUAAGUGAUUGUGGCAUCAGUGCAUUAGCCAAAGAAAGAGGCCAAACCUUAAUUAAAUUAGAAGUUGAUGGUUCUUAUAUAUCCGAUAAAUCCAUAUCUGAUAUCUCAAAGAGUUGUAAAAAACUUGAAAUUCUAUUAUUUCAUACGGCAUGUAAAUUGACUGAUGUAGCUUUGGAAUAUAUCCAGAAUGUAAAGACCCUGAAACACCUAAAAUUUGCUAGGUGCAAAAAAUUUACCGAAAUUGGCUUUCUCAGCUUUUUCGACUCAAAUCAUAUGGAUCGGCUGGAGGCCAUUGACUUUUCGGAAUGCAAAGCUUUUACCGAUCUUGUCGCCGAGCGGAUGAGUUUAAAGCACAAUGAAAGAUUGAAAAAAUUGUACUUGAGUUUCUGUUGGGAAAUGAGCGAUGAUGGAUUUCAAUUUAUUCUCAAUAAUUGCCCGAAUCUCGAAUUGUUAGAACUGGCGGGCCUCAAUCGUUUGUCCUGGUUACACGUUCCCGAUAUACCUGUAAAAUUGCCGAAAUUGAAAUACCUUGACUUGAGGCAAUGCAACACAUGGAUUGACGAUGACAUUGUCAAGAUAGUGCACAAGAUGCCAAAUUUGAUGGUAAUAAACUUUUUAGGAUACGAAGUAUAUCAAAAACCUGGUAUCGGAAUAAUCCAUAGCCCUCGCCGAUUUUGUGAAUAAAAUAUAUAUUUUUAAAUUUAAAUAUUAGAAUUGAUAAUAAUACAUAAUAUUUAUA